UUAUGCUGGGUGGUACUAACAAUGCUCAGAAAAAUGUACGGUUUGGCUAUUUCUUAUUGUAGCUGAGUAAGCUGUGAUUUACAUCGAAAAUAAGUCUCUCUGGGGAGAGAGAGAAGGAGACCACUGCCUCUAAAAUGAGUCUCUCUGGUGAGAGAGAGGAGGAGACCACUGCCUCUAAAAUUAGUCUCUCUGGGGAGAGAGAGGAGGAGACCACUGCCUCUAAAAUGAGGAUCUCUGGGGAGAGAGAGGAGGGGACCAUUGCCUCUAAAAUGAGUCUCUCUGGGGAGAGAGAGGAGGGGACCGCUGCCUCUAAAAUGAGUCUCUCUGGGGAGAGAGAGGAGGAGACCACUGCCUCUAAAAUGAGUCUCUCUGGGGAGAGAGAGGAGAAGACCACUGCGUCUAAAAUGAGUCUCUCUGGGGAGAGAGAGGAGGAGACCACUGCCUCAAAAAUGAGUCUCUCUGGGGAGAGAGAGGAGGAGACCACUGCCUCUAAAAUGAGUCUCUCUGGGGGGAGAGAGGAUACCACUGCCUCUAAAAUGAGUCUCUCUGGGGAGAGAGAGGAGGAGACCACUGCCUCUGAAGUGAAUCAAGACACCAGUUCCGAGAGUGUCCAGAAGCCCAGAGCGGAGUCACCUACAACCAGCCUGCUAUCAAUGAAGAGUGAUCAGCCACCUGCUUUCAGCCAGGAACCAUUACCAGAUGACAAUAAGGAAGUGGAGAGUUUGGACAGUGAGGAUGCAUUAAAGAUCACACACAACCUUCUGGACAGAAGAAGUCAAACUCUGCUGACAGUCCAACAAGACAUUAAGGCUAAACUGAAACACAAGUAUCAACACAUAUCUGAAGGAAUUGGACACCAUGGAAACCAAAGUCUGUUCAAGGACAUCUACACAGAGCUCUACAUCACAGAGGGUGGAAGUGGAGGGCUCAAUAAUGAACAUGAGGUUAGACAGAUAGAGAUGGCAUCCAAGAAACAAACCACACAAGAGACACCAAUCAAAUGCAAUGACAUCUUCAAGCCUUUACCUGGACAAGACAAACCUAUCAGAACUGUGCUGACCAAAGGAAUCGCUGGCAUUGGAAAAACAGUCUCUGUGCAGAAAGUCAUCCUUGACUGGGCAGAGGGAAAAGCAAAUCAGGACGUUCAUUUCAUGUUUCCUCUUCCUUUCCGUGAUCUGAACCUGAAAAAGGACCAAUACAGUCUGAUGCAACUUCUUUCCUAUUACUUCCCAGAGCUGAAAGAGAUUGACAGCAUUGAAGAUGGUGAAACCAAAACUGUUUUCAUUUUUGAUGGUCUGGAUGAGUGUCGACUUCCUCUAGACUUCAAAAACAAUGAGAAGUGCUGUGAUGUCGCGAAGCCAACCUCAGUGGACAUGCUGCUGACAAACCUCAUUGAGGGGAAUCUGCUUCCCUCUGCUCUCCUCUGGAUAACCACACGGCCUGCAGCAGCCAAUCAGAUCCCUCCUGAGUGUGUUGACCAGGUGACAGAGGUACGAGGUUUCAAUGAUCCACAGAAGGAGGAGUAUUUCAGGAAGAAAGUCACAGAUCAGAAUCUGGCCAAAGGAAUCAUCAAACACAUGAAGACAUCAAGGAGCCUCCACAUCAUGUGCCACAUGCCAGUCUUCUGUUGGAUAUCAGCCACUGUCCUUGAGAUGAUACUGAAAGUGGCAGAGAAAUAUGAAGUCCCCAAAACUCUGACCCAGAUGUACUCACACUUCAUGCUCAUCCAAAUCAUUGUGAAGAACAAGAAGUACAACAAAGCCACAGAGACAAACCCAAAGGAACUGUCUCAGUCAGACAAAGAGAUGAUCCUGAAACUGGCAAAGCUGGCUUUCCAACAGCUGCAGAAGGGCAACCUGAUGUUCUAUGAGGAGGACCUGAGAGAGUGUGGCCUUGAUGUCACAGAGGCAUCAGAGUACUCAGCAUUGUGUACAGAGAUCUUUAAAGAAGAAUCUGGGCUGUACCAAGACAAGGUCUACAGCUUUCUGCAUCUGAGCAUUCAGGAGUUUCUAGCAGCAGUGCAUGCUUUAGAAUCAUGUCUGGACAAGAAGGAAAAUGUUUUCUCCCCCACUAGUGAUGAUGAAGAGAAGGAGUCAAUCCAGUUGUCUGACUUACACAGGAGCGCAGUGGACCAGGCCUUGAAGAGUGAGAAUGGACACCUGGACCUGUUCCUCCGCUUCCUUCUGGGUCUCUCACUGGCGUCCAAUCAGAAUCUGUUAAGAGGCCUUCUGACACAGACAGGAAGUACAACACAGACCAAUGAGGAAACAGUCGAGAGGACAGUCAGGUACCUUUCAGACAAGAUCAACCAGGAAUCCUCACCAGAAAGGAUCAUCAACUUGUUCCACUGUCUGAAUGAACUUGGUGCCAACUCUCUAGUUGAAAACAUGCAGACCUCCCUGCGAUCAGGAACUCUUUCAGAAACAGAGCUAAAACCUGACCAAUGUUCAGCCCUGGCCUACCUGUUACUGAUGUCAGAGGAGGUGCUGGAGGAGUUUGACCUGAAGACAUACAACACAACAGAGAAAGGUUAUCAGAGGUUGCUUCCGGUAGUGAAAACCUGCAAGAGAGCACUACUAACUGGCUGUAAACUGGCAUAUAAAUUCUGUGAGACUCUGGCCUCAGCUCUGCAGACACCAAACUCCCCCCUGAGAGAACUGGACCUCAGCAACAAUGACCUGGAAGACCGAGGAGUGGAGCUGCUCUGUGUUGGACUAACCAGUCCACUCUGCAACAUACAGACACUAGUACUAGCUGGCUGUAAACUCACAUAUAAAUCCUGUGAGACUCUGACCUCAGCUCUGCAGACACCAAACUCCCCCCUGAGAGAACUGGACCUCAGCUACAAUGACCUGGGAGACAGAGGAGUGGAGCUGCUCUGUGUUGGACUAACCAGUCCACUCUGCAACAUACAGACACUAGUGUGA